CCGCGGGUACCGCAGUCAUGAUGCGCGCGUCGCUCGGUCGCGCGGCCUGUGCUUUACUCUUCCUCUCUCCUGUCACCCUAGUACUCUGUCGUCAAGACAAUACAGGGUAUUUUGCUGAAGAUGGUUACCGUGACGACGCCAUAGAUGUGGUAGACACCGACACAGUAUGCCCUACGGACAAGCUGCUGCGCACGCGUGAAACUUGCAAAGUGGACGGGGUCGACGUGCAAUGCAUACGGUUGCACUGCUGUGAAGACUACAACUAUAUUGCUGGACGCUGUAUACCAAAGUCAGUGGAACCGUGCAGUUUACACUUAUGUGAGCAAGCUUGCGAGGUCCGCGAACAGCGGAUGUGGUGUUUCUGCUAUCCAGGGUUCAGGUUUGACGCAGACAGCUACAGGAGGAAGACACAGCCAUAUUGUAUAGACGUCGAUGAAUGUACCGCCAACAACGGGGGUUGCGAACAGCGUUGCGUCAACGAUCCGGGCGGGUACCACUGUGAAUGUAAACCACCAUACACCGUUGGAAGUGACGGUAGAACAUGCACGCGCGCGGUGGCUAUCCCUAUUAAGGAGCCCUUGCCACUAGUACGCGCGUCGUCCCGAUGUUACGCACCUUGCGACACUGUGUCGUGGCUUUCAAGGAAAGUAAAGCACCUGAACGAUCAAUUGCAUACAACACAAGCAGCAUUAAAAAAGUUACUCGAGAACCCUGUUUUAAAAGGAGAAGAUACGGAUCGUUUUUCGGAUGGUACUUACACCCAUAGGGUACUGGAUGCUACGGCGCCGUUAGAGGGCGGCUACUGCAGAUGUGAAAGAGGCCCGAGAGGUCCUCCCGGUCCGCCUGGCAUGGAAGGGCCGAAAGGUGAUGUCGGUCCACGUGGGCCGCGCGGUGCUCGCGGUCCAAAGGGUUCACUCGAUCUCAUGCUGUUACUGUUAGCAGACAUAAGGCACGAUAUACAUAACCUAGAGGAGAGAGUAUAUAAAGAUGGCGAAAGGCCAGAACGCUUCAACCUGCAGAAAGCGUGGCGGCGACAGCGUAAGCAGGAGCAAUUGGAAAAAGAGAGUAAAAUCGAACAAGAACUAGAAGCGUUCACCGCGCCUGCCAUGGUCGGCGCCGGGCCCGUGGAGAUAUCUCCUCGUGGUUUAAACGGUGAACUAAUUCGCGAGUCGGAAACAACGACUGAUUGGACUCUAGUCAAAGGUACAGACCCUGAAGACCUCACUGACAUGGAUGAGAAGCUGCGUCAGUUACGUCUGCUGGCGAACGCGACGAGCUCUGGAGACGAUGAGGAAGAUGUUGACACUGACUAUGAUUAUAGCUUCUACUAGGAUCAUAUAACUUA